UGUAAACAAUUUCGAAAUUUUUACGUUUGGAAAAUUACAAACAAAACAACGUAAAGGAUUACGUUACCCAAAAUUAGCGCGAUCAGCAUGCGCAAGUAAUUGAAAAAAAAUAUAUAUAUAAAUAAAAACACAACAAAAAUUUAACUGAUUUGUGGAAAACCUGCGGUCACGCAUUCUCCAAUACAGUUACAUAUUUGUGUGAUCGUGUAAAAAGGAAUACCUAUAUCGUAUAUACAUAAUGCCUUCAGCUAAACCACGCGGCGCGAUGCCUAAAUCAAGUCUUAAACGAGAUGAAGCACGGGGCAAGCGGAAGGGGAAGGAGGUGCGCGAACUCUGGUUCAAUCCGCACGCCAAGCAAAUGGGCGAAUCGUUGACGGACAUAUACGGCUGUGACUGCGAUUGUGAUGUGAUGCUAGAUGAAGAUGUGCAACAGGAAUUACGUAGAUUAUCGAAAGUUUACUCAAGGACGGUAGUAGAAGACGAGGAUGAGGAAGACAAAUCAAAAGGAUUUCUGUGCUUCAAAAAAUCGUCGCAACGAUCGAGAAGUAAGCAAAGAGUGGAUAAAGAGAAAAGAAGAAGAAACUCGAAAGAAAGGGAAGACACGGAAAAGACGAAAAGAAGAAAAUCCAAAGAAAGAGUAGGAAGGGAGAGAUCAAAAGGGAGAAAAUCUAAAGAAAGGGAGUCUCCGAGAAGAGAGCAUGAAAGGAAGAGCCGCAGUCGACCGAAUUCGUCUUUGCAUGGAAGAUUCAAAACACAAGAAGAGGUUAGACGUUACAGAGAGCUCAAAUCAAUCUAUACCACCAGACCCAGACAGCGACCAACAGCCAACAAGCCGACAACAGCUACAACAUGCUUCAAGAAGAAGAAAGACAAGAAGAGAGAACAUGAUGCAGAUCUUGAUUAUCUUGAAAGCUCAAGUGAUGACUCAGUCUACAGCGCCACGCAUAAACAGCAUAAGUCGCGCCAGUCUGAUGCCGGGAGCCCAUCAAAGUCAAGAGCGAGGACUAGUAAAGGUGACGCUUCCUCGCGGCAGCGUCGCUCACAAUCCCAGCGUGAGAGCGAUAAAAAACAAAAGAAUAAGGACAAAAAAUCAGAGGUAGGAUGUUGUGGCACACGAAAGAAAAAAACUAAGGCUGAUAAGCAGGAGGAGGAAUUCGAGGCGUAUAAAUUGGCGCAGAGCGCACCCAAGAAAAGUAAAAAGCCAACAGAGCUGCUGGAAUGUCCACUGACGCCCGAAGAAAUCGAGCUACUGGAAAAGUUGAAGCAAACAUACGCAAGAGAGAAACCGAAAGUGGUGCGCAAAGCGCCGCCACCACCUCUACCAGAGGAGCCGGGUUGCUGCGGUUCGAAGUCUAAAAAAAAAAAACCUCGGUCCGAGGAUGAACCAUUCACACCCAGAAAGAUCAAGUCAGCAGAAAUCAAUGUAAAACGUAGAAAGCAACCUAAAAUUGGUAAGAGUAAAUCAGAUAGCUCGUUCUAUACUUCUGACAGAAAGGAAAAACGUACCAAACCGAUAAAACGCAAAAACUGCUCCUGCCUUGGCUAUUUAAGACGAAGAUGUCAGAAAGAUAAACAAAUUAAGAAACCGAAAAUACAAAAUGUGAAACGUCCAGCGGUAACUUUCGAGCCACAUCCUAAAUCGGAGAAGCCAAAGAAGACCGUUAGCCAACAAAAAGUGCAAGAGCAAACACCUGAUAUUAGGAAAUCAGCCUUUAUGUCAUGCUGUUCCUUGUCUAAAAAGGAGAGGCCGAAGAAAGAAACACCGCCAAAAGUCAAAAGUCCCGAAAGAGUCCGCAAAAAAACAUCUUUUGCAUCCUGCUGUUCUUUGACCAAGCGAGAGAAAUCAAAGAAAUUAGACGAAGUUCAAGUGAAGCCACCGAAGUCUAAAGAACGCCAAAAGCUGUCAGAAAAAUCGUCCAAUAUGCCGUGUUGCUCCUUUCUUAAGACGGAUAAGUCAAAGGCACAAACUGAUCUUCAACAAAAACCAUCAAAGACCCAAGACCAGGAACAGCCACAAAAGAAAGAAUCAAAGGUGUCAUGUUGUUCAUUCUCUAAAAGAGAGAAAUCUAAGACAAAAGAACAUGAAAAGUUACCAAAGAAAUCGUCGAAUGUAUCCUGUUGUUCGUUCCCAAAAACAGAAAAACCAAAGAAACAAACUGACGUUCAACAAAAACCGUCGAGGACCCGAGAUGAGGAAAACCCUCAAAAGAAAGAAUCUACCGUGUCAUGCUGCUCAUUCUCUAAAAGAGAGAAAUCUAAGAAAUUAGACGAAACCGCACAAAAGCCGCCGAUGCCAAAAGAUCAUGACAAGCUACCAAAGAAAUCGUCGAAUGUAUCUAAGAAGGAAGUUGAACCCAAACAUGUGAAAAUCUCAGAAAAAGUUCAAAAAGAGCCAGCAAGCAAGUCAUGCUGUCCGAUCUCUACAAAAGAUAAGCCCAAGAAAUCAGAUGAUACCCGAAGAAAUUUAUUUAAUAUGUGGUGCUGUUCGAUCGAUAGGAAGAGCAAAAUAAGGAAGGAGGACGAUUCGAAAAACGUCAAAAACCAGGAAAAGCCUCUAAAGAAAUCACCCGAAUCAAAGCCACCGAGAACCAAACAAAAGAUAUCCUGCUGCCCAGCGUUUAAAAAGGAUAUACAAAAGAAAUCGGAAUAUACUCAACAAAAGCCCCCGAAAAAUAAAUCAUCUGAAGCAUCCUGCUGCUCAAUUUAUAGAAAAGAUAAGCAAGGAAAAACAGAUGAUAUUCAACCGAAGUCCCCGAGAAAAAAAGUAAAGGAAAAAAUUAAAAGAAAAGCAUCAGAAACAUCCUGCUGUUCAGUCUUCCAAAAGGAUAGUCAAAAGAAAUCAGACGAUAUUCCACAGAAACCACUGAGAACCAAAGUACAGACAAAAGUUAAAAAGAAAUCGUCUGAAGUAUCCUGCUACCCAAUCUUCGAAAAGGAUAAGCCAAAAAAAGUAGAUGUUUUUAAGCAAAAGCCUGCGAAAGUCAAAAGCACAGAAAUGAUACAAAAGAAGCCAUCUAAAACUUCUGUUUUUUCUUGCUGUUCAUUUGAUAAAAAGAGUAAGCCAAAAACGUUGGAAUCCAAAACUAGGAAGAGAGCCCAAAAUCCGUUCGAAACAUUCUGUGCAUUUUGCAAAACUAGAAGUACUAAACCACUUGCCCCAAUUGAAUCUAAAAGUCCUCCACGACAAGACCAGAUCAAGCCGAAAGUUAGUAGACCUAGAACUAAAACAAAAUCGGAAACGUCAUUUCAAACCUGCUGGGAUUGGUGUGACGGUGAUAUAGACGAUAUUCCUGUUAGAGAAGAAACGAGGAACGCGCCGAUUCCAAGCGAAACUAAGCACAUAGCACCGAAGAGCAAGUCGUCAGGCACAUCCUUUUGGACUUGCUGUUCAAGCACGUGUGUGGCAAAAAAAGCCAAACGGCAGCGAAAGUCACAACGCGGCAAUAACAUGAAAAAACAAAAAGUAGUAGAGGAAGGAACGCUCAAACCGAAGCCUGAAAAUAUUUCUUACUGCAAUGCGCUCUAUGAAGAAUUUGAAAAUCUAGUCAGGCAACAAAAGCGAUGUCCAAUACUGCUAUCGCAAACCGAAUUCGGUAAGAAAUCCAAAGGCCUCACUUACUGUCAAAAAAACCGUUCGAGUUUCGCGAUAAAAAAGAACAGGCGUAGUUUAAAAACCAAACCCAAAAAGAAGCAAGAAUUUCAAAAGGAAACUAAAGAAACUGAAAAACCAAAAGCCGAGGAAGAUAAAGAUAGUCUAAGGAAAUUGCAAAAAGUGCCCAGCGCUACGUAUAAGACGCCUAAACGUAAAGUCAAAUUGAAAAUGAAAAGUGAGAACUCCACAAGUGAUUCGGGUAUUGAGAACACGUAUGUGCCUGAAUAUGUGCUGGGGAAACCAGUACAGGUAGGCGUGUCCUUGGCGCAUGCCAGGCAUAUGACCUACAGCCUCAUACUAAACAGAGAUACGCGCAGGAAGUCCGACAAGAAUUUCCACAAGGGAUAUGCUAACGGUAUUGGUUGUCAAACAUAAGACCAAGCAACUACAUUUUAUAUGUGACCGCAGUGACUGCCAAUGCAAAUAUGUAUGUGGGUGGUCUCAUGUAAGACGUAGUCUUUGUGUUAAAUUUGUCAACUGGAAUAUGUGCAAAGGAUCCAAGAAAUAGACUUAGCUCUCCGGAGCGAAAAAGUUA